AUCCCACACUAACUCUUAUACCGGACUUAUACACUACCAAGUCUAUCAUUGUAUACAUUACACUACACAUUACGAACCGCUUGUCAUUGACCACCGAGCUUAACUACUUACUCUCUUCUGCCCUCUCCCUAAAAUCCUAGCGUCACCACCGUCAUUUUAUUUCUAUCUUUAUUUUUCUGCUCUGUUCUCCCACUACGACGCUUGUUGCUCUGCGCAUCGGACUCGACACGGCCUGGUCGGACCUCACAUUGUGUAUGCUUUUGGCAACAGCAGGUGUUACGGAUAUCUUUGCAAGCGGGUUUAAGCAGCGGGAGUAUUAGGGAAAGAGGAAAAGGAAAAGAGCAAAAGAGACACCAUGUUAAUCAACGGGGAGAAAUGGGCCUGCGAAGCCUGUGUUCGGGGACACAGGGUGAGCAAUUGUCAACACGCAGAUCGACCAUUACAACAUAUCAACAAAAAGGGUCGGCCGGUAUCACAAUGCCACCACUGUCGCGCCAUGCGCAAGUCGCGGUCUUCGCAUGUCAAAUGCGACUGUGGCGAGAAGACGCACAAAUGUGCGCAUCUGCAGCCCACCAUAGAAGGCCACAAGGAAACCUGCUGUUGUAAUCAUGGCGGGCGCUGUACAUGCUGCGCAAAGAAAGAGUCCUCGCUCGAUCCCGUUCCCGAGUCCGAGUCCGAGACAGAGCCGUUGGCCAUCAAGCCUAAGACAACCAGUAGCAGCCGUCGCCGUCGAACCAAUACAUCUAAAUCUGAGCCUCUGCUCAGCUUCGACGAGAAUGGCCACCAUAAACCUACACACAAACAUUCGAGGCCUUCACAUGGCUCCGGACCCUAUACGUUAAAUCGUGGCGUCACUAUACAUGGCACAGGAACUAGUUCUGGCACGAGAUCUGUGGACAAUCUUGUCCACUAUGGGAAGGCGGGUGGUCGCUCGCGAACCGCCACAACCUCUUCGUCCGAUUUAGAGGCUCGCAUGAUUAAAUCCGAGCAAGCCUCCCCUCUGAUGGGGAGUACCUCGUCUUUUCAACAGCUAAAUGGUCAGUUGCCGCCUCUAGAUCUAUCUAACAUCCGCUACCCGGAAUACACACCUGCGUUCGACAUGUUUGGUAGCAGCGGUCUCUCGGAUCACGAAGCACCAAUUUUUAGCGCAGGGUUGAGCGCUGUCUCUGUUGAUUGGGCACAAUAUGAUGGCCUCGAGGUCAAUGGCACCGACAGUCUCGCCUCAUCGAGCUUUGACCCCAUGCAGGCGUAUGCGGGAUUCGAUUUAGCCAGCUCCGUGGAGCCUACAUUGACGUCAAAUUCCGGCGACGUUUCCGAGGCCGAGGACUUCGCAUCCGCAUUCAACGAUGGUCCAUUGGACGGCUUUCGCAGCGGCGCGUCGGGUAGCUAUCUUAGUAUGCCCGACAAUCUGGUGACGAGCAAUGACCUCAGCAACCUUGACUUUGACCAAUUUAAGGGAACCGCAGUCGCAAGCAAAUUCAUGUCUCUCCCUACGCCCCUCGACGACACGGGCUACAUCGAGGACGACGCCUAUUGGGGUAUGAGUAAUUUCAACGACGGCAUCUCACAUUCGCCCGACCCUAUCACCACCGCACUGUGGGACAGUAAUAUGUAAACACGGCUGGUCGUGUAUAUCUCACUCACCCACAUGCUUCAUCAAGCAUCGUGGAAUAUCAUGACGUAUUAAGCUUAUGAUACACGAGGUCUCUCGGGGAGUACGGUCUUUAUGCGACAUCGCGGCAAUGAUCAUCUGGGAAGCUUUACGUAGCUCCUAUGCUUCUUAUACCCCAUUGCUAA